AGCACUUGUUCCUGUACGGACACAUUUCUGUACAUGACACAAAUGGACGAAAGCGGCUAAGUGUUGUUCUGCGAAGAUGUCAGGACUGUCAGAAACAGAACGUGUUGGAUUUAAAAAAAUACUGGGUUUAAUGACAAUACCCGACCUACUGUCACUGAGUGACACAGUGACUAAUAAGAUGAUAGUCGUGGAGAACACUAGAGAGGCUGUAGAAACAAUUCUGUCAUUCACUAAAAAUGCUGAAGAGCUCCUGAGAAGGAAGAAGGUUCAGCGUGAAUUGAUAUUUAGGUACCUGGCCAAAGAAGGUGUAGUGAUGCCCCCAAACAGUGAGAAACACCAGCUGGUGAGAAGGACGCUGGAACUUUGGUCGUCAGCGAAGGUGACUGGAAAUGACAGAACUGGCAUUGAACAGAUGGAGGAGUUUCUGGGUGCUGAGCUGGUUAGCCUUCGUCUUUUGGCCCUGUCCAGAGAUGAGCGCCUCCUCUUCAGUCCAAACCCGGAGCCCUGUGGCCUCAAGGCCCUGGCCUCCCCCCAUGGCUUGGUGCUGGUGGCCGUGGCUGGGACCAUCCACAGAGAUGAAGUCUGUCUCGGCAUCUUUGAGCAAAUAUUUGGCCUCAUUCGUUCCCCACUUGACAACAACAGCUGGAAGAUAAAGUCUGUCAACCUGAAAUCAAAGGUCAGGAGGCGCUCGGUGGGACGAAGGUGACAGCACCUGCUUUAAGCUACAACUCCAGUGAACUGCAACUACUGUGCAGCUGAUGGCAAGUCAGAAUGGGUGUUGUAUGGAGUGAGCAUGUUUUCUUUACCAAUUAAGCAUCUGUUUUUCAUGACUUCGUUGCACUCGCCAAGUUGAGGUCAGGUUUUGAAUCUGGGAACUUUACCGGCACAAGCCCUUCUUCUAACUUAUGUUAAGCACCGUGUGAGAAUGUACAGGGGGGUGCGACAGUUACAUCAUUGAUGCAACUUAAAAGAAUG